GUAAUCAGGAAAUGAUCAAAGUGACACUGAAACAGCAAAAUGCAGUCUCGAUAAACUUGUUACUUUUGUUGUUUUCCCCAGUUUAUAAAUAGUAUUAGUUUCCCCCCUCAGAGUGUUUCAUUCCCAGCUCCUGAUUGGAACAGGGACAGUGGAUUCCCAGAAUGUUGCUGAUCCUUUUCUCCAUCUCCCUGUGUUUUUCCUGGGUCUCUCCCGACACUGACUCCUUCACAGUGCUGUACACGGGAACCUCCGGCAUUCCUGAUCACCCUGAGUUUGUAGGUGUGGCAAUGCUCAAUGAAGUAAUGUUAUCCUAUUAUGACAGUGACACCAUGCAGAUGGCUUCCAGACAGCAGUUCAUAACGGACUAUCUGAAUGUGGAAAACUGGGAUUACCUCAACCGCCUGGGAAAGGAACGUUACGACGUAAUGAAGAAGACUUUUAACACGAUCACGAAAGGGACGAACCACACGGCUGGAUUUCACAUUCUACAAUGGAUAAGGACUGUCAAUGUCACUGAAGAUGGCUCUGUUCUGAGAUUGAUGCGGUUUGGAUUUGAUGGGAAUGACUAUAUUAGUUUAGAGCCAGACAGAAUGAGAUGGGUUGCAACCAAUCCCAAUGCAGUGAAGAUUAAAGAGAAAUGGAAUUUGGAUGAAUCCUGGAACAAGCAUUGGGAAUGGCAGUUGGAAGAAGAACUCGUUGGCCUCUUAAAGAAAUAUUUACAAGUUGGAAAGGAAUAUCUCAGAAGAAGAGUUCAGCCUGAAGUGUUCAUCUCCAGAAGUGACCCCAAUAGUCAGUACAAGCCGCUCACUCUCUCCUGCCUGGUUACUGGGUUUUAUCCUGUAGACAUCGAGGUGAGCUGGCUAAGGAAUGGAGAGGUAAUGUCUGAGACACUGUCCUCGGGGGUUCGACCCAACCACAAUGGGACCCAUCAGAUCCAGAAAGAGAUUGAAAUAAAUGCUGGGGAUGAGGAUCAAUACUCCUGUCAAAUUGAACACAGCAGCCUGGCAGAGAGCAAGCUCUUUCAGUGGGAAAUCCCAGAAAACGGUGUGGGACACUCACAACUUGGGAUUAUAAUUGGACUCGUGAUCGCAGCACUGCUUGCUAUAUUUGGGAUAAUCGGAACAAUCAUUUGGAAAUGGCAAAGGAGAGAUUCACCAAGUGUGACCUACACAACAGCUCAGACUUCUGAUGUCUCUGUUCCAGCUGCAUGUGUUUCACAAGCGAAGAGGCAAGCAUUCCUCUUGAGUACUUUUGGGAUCAAAGCCUACAGACUGAUUCAAAGUUUGACCGCACCCAAUGACCCAGAUUUGAAAAACGUUGAUGAAUUUGUGGACCUCUAUGAAGAGAAACAGAGAGAAUUCAGCAUCUCUCUGAACAAGCUGAAGGAUGAGUCAGCAGAGAAGACACAACAAUGUUCAAUUGUCCAGGAAGCAGCCAACAAAUACAAAAAAGAGACAGAAGGGCUGAAGAAUCAGUUGGAACAGGGAGAGUGGAUUCCCAGAAUGUUGCUGAUCCUUUUCUCCAUCUCCCUGUGUUUUUCCUGGGUCUCUCCCGAGUCGCACUCCCUCAGGUAUUACUAUACCACAAUGCUUAACAGUGGGGACCUCCCCGAGUUCAUUCAUGCUGGUGUUCUCGACGGUGUGCAGAUAACCUACUAUGACAGCCACAGCAAGAAAGACGUCCCACGGCAACCGUGGAUGAACUCAUCACUGCAGCAGGAGUAUUGGGAUCAAGAGACACAGAGAUUGGUCGAUCGAGAGAAGCUGUCCCUCGCCAAUGUAAAGAUAGCAACACGGCGAACACACAGUGACAAGAAUGGUCUGAACUUCCUGCAGUACACUUCAGGCUGCGAGGUGAGUGAUGACGGGACUGUGAGCGGAGUUCGGCAAUACGCCUUUAAUGGGCGCGAGCUGAUCAGCUUCGACCUGGAGCAUGCCACCUGGUUCGCUGUCUCCCCUUACGCUGAGAGCAGCCAGAACAAGUGGAACAGUAACAAGGCCGACAACAUGUACAAGAAACAGUACACAAAGAAAAUGUGUGUUGAUUGGUUAAACACGUACCUUGGUUAUGGAGCUAAUACACUGAAUCGCAAAGUUGUCCCAGAGUUGAUUGUCUAUGACACAAAGAGCUUGGAUGGCCAGAAUCUCAAUCUCCACUGCCUGGUCACUGGUUUUUACCCACAAUCCAUCAAUGUAAUCUGGUAUACAGACGGAAAGCCCCUCUUCAAAUCCCAAAGCACCGGCAUUCGACCCAACCAUGACGGCACCUACCAAAUCAGGGUGCACUUCCAGACUAAACCCGGAGAUAGCCGCAACCAUGUCUGUCGCGUCCUACACAGCAGCUUUUCUGGAGCAAUGGAGAGACCCUGGGUUAAAGGUGGAGCAUCUGGAGUGAUUAUCGCUGUGGCUCUGUUGGUGCUAUUUAUUGUACUCGUUGUUGCUGGCUUUUUCUGCUGGAAGCGCCAACAGGAAGUAAAGGAGAAAUUCGGCUGGUGUUUUGGUGUUGCUUCUAAAAGUGAUGGCUCUGUGGCAGAAAGUUCUAACAGCAGGCAGCCAUUGCAAUCUUCCCCAGUUGACAAGAUGAUAGGCAGUGGAGGUACCUUGGUUUCAAUUCCAGCAGACACUCCCAGUUCAAAUGCAAUUACUGAGAGUAUACAACAACCACUGUUUCAACAAUCAGACCAGGGUUCAACCAAGUAACAGGCGAAGGUGGAAAGGAGGUAACAUCACUUCACCGCUGUGACACAAUCCUGCCUUUUUCUAUCUCUAAUUUUAGUCUCUUGCUGAUAUGAACGAGAUGGGUUUUUACAACAAUCAACAACAGUUUCAUGGUUAUCAUUAGACUUUUAACUCCAGAUUUUUAACCAUUCACUAUGGACACAGAUCUGUUUAGAUGGACACCUUCAGCUAUUGGACUGAUCUCUACUCUGUCACUGUGUGAUGAUCCACAGUUUUACAAUUUGCUUCUGCUUAACAUUCUCACUGGGCAAUAUCUGAUCACCUGACUCAUCCAAUAGGGGUGGAUCUGAAUUGUCUGAGCGAUCUGAUUGGACAGCAGUGACCACAUGACCUGCCCAAUGCUUUGAGUCACUUAUGACCCAGUGGAUCAGUGAUUCCUUGCAGUAAUUUCAUUGGCCAGUGAUGACCGCAUGACCUCUAUAUUUGUGCCUCAUUGGCUGAACUGAUCGCCUGACCUCCUGUCUGGCUCACUCCAGGGUGUUUGUCAGGUGGGUAUCAUCUCCAUGCAGUGAGAGUGACGGAAACAAGGCUCUAAGCACCGGCAGGGUGACAUGGCGAACUCUCGGCUGGGUCUAACUGAGGCUCUGUAACAUCCCCCACAAAUUCAGAUCAUCAAUUGGUCGAGCCUCAGGCAUCAUGUUAACAUUGGAAUAUCUAACACUUGGUGGGACAUCGGUGCUGACAGACCUCAUGAUGGGGACUGUGCAUCCACUAGUUCAGCAACAUGAAUUCCUGGCAGUGAUGAGUAAAUAUGUACUGUUAAUCUAGAAUAUGCUAAUUCUGGUGGUGGGGGUGCUUAAUGUGCCGGACAGGUUAACACUCAAGGGGCAGAUUGACACUUGGAGAGCAGAUUAAUGCUUUGGUGGUUUAAUCCUAAAAAAGGGUUUUAAUGCUCAAAGGGGGGUGGGUGGUAAAUGCUCGGAGAGGGUUAAUGCUCCCGAGGGUGAAUUGUCCGAAGGGCUAAUACUCGUUGGGGGUUAAUGCUCGCAGAGGGUGGUUAAUGCUUGACAUGGGGGUUAACAUUCGGAAGGGGUUAAUCUUCAGAGGAGAUGAAUGUUCAGAGGGGGUUAAUGUUUGGAGGGGUAAAUGCUCAUCGUGGUAGAGGGGUGUCAAUGCUUAGGGAGAGUGCUUAACGCUAGGGUGGGGAAAGCCAACGUCUUCAGGAAUCUCGCGCAUAAUUUUCCUGUUUUAUCCCAAUCCUGUACAGUUCCUUCUUUUUAUAACUCAGGUUUUCUGUUGUCUUUUGCUGUUCUUUUCACUUUGUUUUGUAAUGACGUGCAACCAAAUAAAGAGAUAUUGAAAACGAA